AUGGCUGAUCUUUGCACGAGGCUCUGGGUGCUCCAGGCAAACCUCUGGCUGAUGGCUCUGGUCACAGGUGGGAUCUCAGCAGACAAGAACAGCACCAGGAGCAGCACAGGUGGCGCGUGCCCCAUGGUGCAGCAGCACCCACGCUAUGUGGCAGCCAAGAAGAACAUGCCUGUCCACUUCAUCUGCUACACUCAGGAGCCCCACAGCAUGCAGUGGUACAAAACGGCAGAGGACAGUGAUGACCUCUAUGAGCUGGACCACAGCAACUCCCGCUACAGCAUCGAGAGGAAAGACAACUUCAUCAACUUCACCAUCUUCAAGAUCAACUAUGCGGACAAUGGCAUCUACGUGUGUGACAGCAAGAACCUCACGGCGGAGAAGAGGUGGCCGCACUUGUGCGGGACAGAGCUCAGAGUCAUGGGUCACAGUAACAUCCAGCAGAUCCAGAGCAGGAACACCCUGAAAGACGCCAUCAUCAUUAUCCAGUCCAUCCUGCUUGUCAUCUUCAUCAGUGUCCCCAUGCUCCUCUUCCUAGAUAAAGGUGAAGGCAAGGAAAGCCCAGAGGAGGACCACACCUAUGAGGGCCUGGAGGUGGAGCAGAUGGCCACCUACGAGGACAUCACUCCUUUCCGGGAUGUGAAGGCCAAGUGGACAGUUGGGGAGCACCCGGGCGAAGAGUGA